CAGGCUGUGCUUAAUAACUAUGCCUACAUAUGUUGAGUCAAUCGGUUUUGCUCCGACUUUGAGUUCUUCUCGUUCUAAAAACACUGUUUCUUACUCUCUCACACGUCACAAUCAACCAAACACCUCUCUCUCUCUCUCAUUAUCGGUGUUCUCGACAUGUCAGAGGUUCUACGGUUCCGACCAACUCCCAGACCCCUGAGACUUGGGACCCCACGUGGCACGUCACGUGACUUCCGGCUACUACCUCGAACUUCGAACCUCGUACUUAAUUCUCUGCCCACAAAACAUUUUCCCGAGAAAAUUCAUGUAAUUAGAAGUGAAUCAUCUUCAUCUUCAUCUUCGUCUUCGUCUUCGACUUCAAAGCUAAGCGCUUGGACCCAAGAGGCCUCAUUGCAGGACCUCCAUGACUCGCCCGUGUCCGUUGACCUCCACACCAUUACCACCGAUACCCACUUCGAUCGGGUCCUCGCCGAGGCUCAACAGCUCGAGGACUCCCUAAUCAUCGUUUGGAUGGCAAGCUGGUGCAGAAAAUGCAUAUAUUUGAAACCAAAACUGGAAAAGCUGGCUGCAGAUUACUAUCCAAGAUUGAAGUUCUACUGUGUUGAUGUCAAUACUGUUCCACACAAGCUUGUCACUCGUGCUGGAGUAACGAAGAUGCCUACCAUACAGCUGUGGAAGGAUGGCAAGAUUCAAUCUGAAGUGACUGGUGGCCACAAAGCGUAUUUAGUCAUCAAUGAAGUCCGCCAAAUGAUUGAAAAUGAGGGUACUGUGUAAGUCAUAGUAAGUAGUAAAGUAGGCAACCCCUCUCUCUCUCUCUCUUCAUUUUAAAGUUUCAUGUUGAUAAAAAAUCAAAUUUGUAACCCACUAAUAUAAAAAAAAAAAAAAAAACCCCCCAAAAAAAAAAAAAUCAAAUUUGUAAUCCUUUUUUUGCCCUCAUAAAUUUUGUUCUGUUAUAAUUUCUUCAGUAAAAAAAUAAAGGAAAUUGACUUGGUGUUUGCUGCUACUUGCUCUAUGUAAAGUGCAUGCAACAGGAGGUGUUUUGGAUAUUAUAUCAUAUACGGUAUGGAGAUUUCCUUUGAUUUCCAACCUAAAUAGGUUUAGACCAUGAUUGUGGUUUAUUGUAUCAUUCCUUUCCCUGAAUAAGGACCCCAGAGCUUGUUGUAUGUAUGUUACUUAUCAAAAAAAAGAAGAAGCUUGUUUUAUCA